CGCAAACUGGUUGUGAGAUCGCGUACCACAUUACACGGUCCGCGGAGAGCCGACAAUGAUGUAGUGUCGACUCAUGUAAAUACAAACAUAAAUAAAAACAGUGACAACACUGAAAAUGGCGAACAGCUACAACAUGAAGGAGUUCAGUUCGACGGCAGUAAUAACUACACAUGGAGACUUCCCGUCGACGAUAUCAAUAAACACAAUCAACACAAAAUGUAAAGACAACAUAGAGGACUACGAUCCGUUUCAAAAUAGAAAACUUGAACACCCUAAUUCGGACGUGCGAUCGUUUGCAAAUCUUCUCAAGUCAUCUCUAGGGUCAGGUAUCCUAGCCAUGCCUGCCGCGUUUAAGAACGCCGGUACGGUUGUAGGAAUAUUCGGAACAAUCAUACUCGGAUACAUUUGUACACAUUGCGUCUUCUUACUGGUGAAAACUUCACAAGAAGUGUCAAGAGUGAGUCGAGUCCCGUCUCUGGGCUACGCGGAGACUGUGGAAGCAGUUUUCGCCACUGGCCCACCCAGAUUACGGGGGAUGGCUAAAGCCAUGAGGAUAUUCGUGGACUGGGCAAUGGCCAUAACUAUCCUUGGCGCCUGUGCUGUUUAUGUCAUUUUGCUCGUGGACUCUGUUAAACAGAUAGUCGAUCACUUUAACCCCGACAACGGAAUCACCACAACUAUGUAUUGUCUGAUGUUCUUGGCCCCCGUGCUGAUAUUCACACAAAUCAAGAACCUCAAAUACCUCGCGCCGUUCUCUGGUUUCGCUAAUGUGUUGCUGGUUCUGACGUUUCUGAUCUGUCUCUACUACAUUUGCGCCGAGUUUCCCACUUUCGACUCGAGACCGAUGUCCGUAGAUAUUGGACGGCUACCGUUAUAUAUCGGUACAGUUAUAUUUGCUAUGGAGGGUAUCGGCGUUGUUCUACCCGUGGAGAACACCAUGGCUAAGCCCCAACACUUCCUGGGUUGUCCCGGGGUGCUCAACCUGACCAUGAGCAUCGUGGUCCUCCUGUACAUGAUCAUGGGCAUGCUGGGAUACUUGCGGUACGGUGAGACCGCGGAAGGCAGUAUCACUUUGAAUUUGCCCACUGAGGAAAUCCCGGCUCUACUAGCGAAGGUUAUGAUUAUCUUCGCCAUUUUCUUCACAUACACGCUUCAGUUUUACGUCCCCAUGGAGAUCGUGUGGCGGAAUGUGAGGGGGCGAGUGCCCCAACGGUACCACAACCACGGCCAGGCGGUUAUGAGGGCCGUCUUCUCCACACUAACCGUCAUUGCUGCAGCGUCUUUGCCUCGUCUUGAACAAGUGAUUGGCUUGGAAGGAGCGUUCUUCUAUUCAUUUCUUGGCCUGAUCACCCCAUCUCUAUUGGACCUGAUAUUCAGAUGGGACAGAGACUUGGGCAAAUACAAUUACCACCUCAUCAAAGAUGUGGUGCUAGCCGUAUUCGGAUCGUUUGUACUGCCAAUUUUGAUAGGUGUUGGUUCAGUUGUGGCCAUAUCAACAGUGGUAGCCAACUGCUUGUGGGGUAAAAAAUCUAAGAGCAAGAGUAAGAAAUUGGUAGCUUUAGUCGACCCCAAUGUGAAAUAUGCUCUGCCCCUCAUCGAACGAGAGGAAAUAAAUCAUGACACCAGAAGAUUCAGAUUUGGAUUACCAUCUGCUGAACAUGUUUUGGGUCUACCCAUUGGUCAGCACAUACAUUUAUCGGUGAAAUUGAAUGAUGAUCUUGUCAUUAGAGCGUACACACCUGUCUCAAGCGAUGAAGAUAAAGGCUAUGUUGACUUGGUCAUUAAGGUAUACUUUAAAAAUGUCCACCCCAAAUUUCCUGAAGGUGGUAAAAUGUCACAGUAUUUGGAAAAUAUGAAGAUAGGAGAUACUAUUGAUGUGAGGGGACCUUCAGGGAGACUGCAGUAUACAGGAAACGGUACAUUCCUUAUCAAGAAACUCCGCAAAGACCCACCUGUCAAAGUUGUGGUGAAGAAACUGAAUAUGAUUGCUGGUGGCACUGGCAUCACUCCAAUGCUCCAACUCAUCAGACACAUAUGCAAGGAUGCCAACGACCCCACCGAGUUGAGACUGCUCUUCGCAAACCAGUCCGAGCAAGACAUACUGUUGAGGGACGAACUGGAGAAGUACCAAACAGAAUAUCCCAACCAAUUCAAGCUAUGGUACACUAUCGACAGAGCGAACGAAGGCUGGAAAUACAGCACGGGUUUCAUCAAUGAGGACAUGGUGAAGGAGCACUUGUUCCCGGCGGGCGAUGACGUCAUUGUGCUCAUGUGCGGCCCCCCGCCCAUGAUCAACUUCGCCUGCAACCCCGCGCUUGAGAAGCUGGGCUUCUCCGAGAACAUGCGCUUCGCAUACUAAUGCAACACAUCUUAUGAAGUUAUGACUGUGUGCGUGAGUUUUGAAAUAUAACCCAGUGUACUGGCCAGUGCUAGUGAAACGACGCCAAACUGUUGAUUCUUUCCCAAAUUUACGGGAAUGUGCAUUGACGUA